AUGGGGCGAGAGGAUCAUCGAUAUGAAACCUACGCAUCCCCACAUGGGCGAGAUCAGCAACGCGAAAUGUUAAAUGGCCUUUUAUGGACAAUCCAUGAGAAUUUUGACACUUCGCGAAGAAUACAAGCCAGCGUCGACCGGAUAAGCACACUUGUGACAUUCAUGUUCAUCAUAUUAAUGGCGUUUGCUGUUAUCUUCAUCGUGGGAAGCUGCUACCUAUACUGCCAAAAAAGAGCUCGUGAUAGAGGUUCCCCCAUUCAUCAGCGAGGAAAAGGAACACCUAUCGAAAUU